UAUAUAAAAUAGAGAAAAUCUGGCAUUUAAAUGACAAAAACCCGAUUUAAUUACUUUCUGUAACUACAUUGAAGUCUCUUUAUGACAAAAAAAGAUUUUAUUUAGUUUUACUGUAUAUUAUUGUUCUGCUAAAACCUGGUUUUCCUCGCUUGUAGGGCAUAAUGUAGACAAGAGAUGUUAAUCCAGCUGAGAGAAUAAAUAAUUAUGAUUUUACUUUCUCAAUUAUAUGUGAGGAACUUACUGCGUUUAGAAAAUAUCAAAUUUUCUUUAUAUUACGUUUUAGGGAAAUGUGAUAUUUUUCAGCAUUGUACCCCCUUCGGUUCAGAGAGCUGUCAGCUCACCGUCACCUACCAUCUUGUUUUGCUGCUUUUAUUUUUUAUUAAAAUACAUUUUUACAGUUGAUGUGCUGAGCCCCUACCCAUUGCCCUCGCGCGCUGCCCCAGCUACAGUUUAUGUCAAGGUGACAAUUCUGGUUUGAGCUUGUUUGAUGUUCUGAUGUUAGUUUCUAUCUGCAGACAUUUUUUUUUUAUUAGAUUAAAAAUGAGAGUUUCCCUUGCCUUAAUUUUUUGUAAUUAUGUUAUUCAUUUGUAUUGUUUGGGGUUUUUUUUCCACAUAACCUCAAACUCUGUGCCUGUCUGAUGACCAUUUUGUUAAAUAAUAUCAGCUGAUAUUAUCAGCCUUAGUGUUUAAACACGAGGGUCAAACUUCAUUCUUCUGCAUUUUUACUGUCCUGCAACUUUGAGCUGUCUGUCCUGCAGGACGUCUGUCCCAGAAGGUUAAACGUCUCCUUGGCAGGCCGUCGUGUUCUUGAAGGACUCAAGAGUUUUACAAUCCUGGUAAAAAGAAUCAGAACAGAAAAUUCAGGGCAAGGGAGUGCACAUUCGAGAGAAUCUCUUCUUUAGAGACAUUUUAUUAAACCGCCUGCAUAUUUCUCUCUACUUCAUUUGAUUUAUUUAUUAAUUUUUUUGUUAAAUUUGGAUUUAAACACAUGUAAAAACUUGUAGUAAUGUGAGGUCGGUAGCUUCAUUUGAACAUCUCGAUGAGCAGAGAUUUCUGAAAGAACAACGCUUUGCCUCUUGCGUGUUUCAGCCAUCUUCAUUUGGACAUUUCUGCUUUCCGUAUAAUAUUUUGCACUAAACAUUUGAUGUCGUAAAACGUGAACAGUUCUCUCUGUGAUCUCGGGUUGGAGAUUUUUUUCUUCUCCUGUUUCCUGCCCUGAUAAAUAAGAUAAAUAAUGCGGCUCUCUUACUUUGAAGGCUUCCUAGCGGGUUGCCGUGGAGGUUUAAUUGGUCUGAGUUAUGUGGUAAAUCCCAGCAAUGUGUCUUUCUUUGUUUACACGCUGAAGCACUCCAUCUCCAUUACACCAAACGCAAGCCUGUAAGAAACAGCAGGUGGUGUGUGUGUGUGUGUGUGUGUGUUUGUAUGUUUUCAUGCUGCCUCCUUAAGUGACCCCGAGGCCACCGGCCCUAAAGCCAAACUUUUGUCCCUUCAAAGUCCUAAGUGACCCCGUUCCAUCCCCCUCUACACACACACACCUACACACACAAACACACACACACACACACCCUCCUGUGGUCUGGUUGGUUUAGUUUCCCUCUUCAUAGGUAGGAGCCUGUGUAGAGGCUGUUAGUAUAGUAUUUUGUGUGUGGCUGACACCAGCUGGACUGCCUCUUGGUCUCCCUAUGUCCAGCCCUCAGGCCUUGUUAAGGGGCCGGUUUAAUCCCUGCUCAUCGGCUCCAUGUUCAUCCAGUGGGCUGAAAGAAGGCCUGCUGCAUCGUUUCCUUUAUGGAUUCACUGAGGGCUCAUUUUUAUCAUCAGGUAUUUGUUCUGAGUGUCUGAAUAAAGUGUUAGAUGUAUGAACUGAGGCGCAGGCCGCUGUGGUUUCAUGCAUGACUUUGUCUGCUUUCGUUAGAAGAUGCCAAACAACCGACCCGUACCGCAAAGAUAGGAUGGCUUAGCGAUUCGUUUCAGAAACAAUUUUUUUAUUUUGGAGAUCAAUGUUUCUACUCAAAACGUCCAGAGAUUCGAUUCAAACGACGUGACCGGCAACAGGAAAAGACCGCGUAAAACAAAGAGCCUUCAUUUAAACCAACUUUAUAAACUCGUUCUUGUACAUUGAACAAAAAUAGGAUUGUGCAUCCAAUUCUUUAACAACCUAUUAAUAUAAGGUCAGCUUAGCUGCCUGGCUUUUUCUUAAAUUAAAAAAAAAAUAAUAAUCUUCAAAGAAUUAUUCAAGCUAACUAUGGUGGCCAAGUGGACGCUUAAUGCAAUGUGUAGUUUACUCACAAAUUAGAGCCGUAAAGACGUACAACUUGAACGCAUUUUAAAAUCAAUUUUUGAGCAUUUUGAACCGAUUCAGAAUUAGAAAAUGCGACUCUCUAAGGAAUGUGAUGUUUUUUUGUACCGCACCGUCCAGUUGUAGAUUCACAGGACAACGGCACUGCAUUGUUAGAGUGCAGAUGCUCGCAUCACACACUACAGUCCAAUGAUUGGGUCACUUUUGUAUUCGUAUGACGCAACACUAUAGGCAACGAGAGUCCCACUGGCAUGGAAACGCCUUCUUUGAUAUAACUUAAAAUAAUAUUCUGAACCGUACCAACCCACGCCAUACCGAUCAGUGGAAACAAGUCAGUAGUUUACACGUAAACCAGAGAUGUCCAAAGUUAGUCUUCAAGGGACGGUAUCCUGUGUGUAUCAGCUACAACCCAACAGACCUGCAGGGAGAGCAUCGAUCAGAAAGGAAACCAAAAGGCCAAAGGUAUUCAACAAUAUAUGUUGGAGGAAAAAAAAGUACCAACAGAACUGCUAUUAGAUUUGUACUCAACAAUUUGUAUCAAGAAAGUCUCUAGACUUACCGCAAACUGUGGUGGACUAGUAGUAGAAGUUGUUGUGGUCAGAUGAGAAACUAAUUUGAGUUUCUGUCCUACAUGCAACAGCCUGGAAGAAAAACACUGAAGAACCCCCUGAAUCUGCUGCCUCCCAGUAACAUGGGGAAAGCCCUAAACUCUGCAGGAGAAACCUGGAUAGAAACCUGUCGACUUGGGACCAGGCCAGAAGUUCAGCUCAUAGCACCAUCAAUAUCCUAAACAUACAGCAUGAGAUACAGUGGAAUCACUUGUAAAGUCAAAGUCCAGCGCUAAAUCUCUUUGGGAAUCUGUGUCGAAAGACAAAAUUGAGGUCUACAGAUGCUAAUGGAGACAUUUCAGCAAAAGACAGAGGGGCUCAACACACCUUUCUGAUUUUCUCUUCUAAGAAAAGAUAAAACCAAUUUCUUACUUUUCCUUCCAUUUCAGAGUUAUGCUCUACUUUGUGUUGGUCCAACACGUAUAAUAUAUUAAGUUUGUGUUUGUAGCUGGGAUCUCGAAACAGCUCUGGGAAUCCAAUUUGUUGUUGAGAGGAAGGUCAGAGCUCUUCCUCUCAAGAUACCAUCGCCAUAAAUCUUACAGAUGUAGGCAGGUGGCCAGGAGGGAAAAUGCAAAGAGCCCAGCGGGCUUGAAAAUUUGUUCGAUGCAUCUCACUAUGCUGACCACGCUUGACGGUAACCUUUUUAUUCAAUCAAAAUGUUGGACGGGGCUAAAAAAAAAAAAAAGUAUUUUCUGGGUUAAAAAAAAACAGUAAAUAAAAAAAAGCCAUAAAAAAAGAAGUAAAGAAGUUCGGAUUGAUGUUUUGUUAAAAUUCUUAGUUACACGUUCACCUGGAACUGGCCUGUUAGAAAAUAUUUCCAUUCAGGACUAUUGAAUUUAGUAAAGGUUAAAACUUGAAUUUCCUACAUAAGGUUCGACAUCUUUACAGACGCAGUCUAAAGGUUGUUUUAUUAAUAAGUAAGCCAAGUGUUUUUUAAAUCUCUCUGGCGCAGACGUAGACGAACACAGUUGGAGUUUAGGUGACGCACAAAAACAAUACCAGGUAUUAAUUGUUUUUUUCCCCCCCCCAUCUGCCUGGCCGCCAUGUUUGAAGGAAAGAUUCUGCGCAGGUCAACGGGAAGCUGCUCUUAUUUAUCCAGCGUAAACAGCAGCUAGCUCCGCACUGGUUUCCACAGGCCUGGUAAGGUGCAGGCAGGCGGCUGAGAGCGGGACACCUGUUCAUCCUGCGACUACAAGCAGAUGGUCCACAUGGCUCUCGCUCCCCAAGGGGAAAACCUGUCAGCUGAGCCCCAAUUAGGGAGUCCGAGUCGGAGAAGAGCUGGGGGUGGAUGUGAGGCUCCGCAGGAAAUUACCCUGAUUGGGAAAUGAUGCGAGAAAGAUGUGAAUUUAGAGAACCGGUUUAGUUUGUUGUUGAUUUUCUCUUUCAGUUUUAUGUGUGCACCUAACUCCAGCGGCUGGUUUCAGAACACCUCAGAUUUUUCUGCUAACGUGGCUUGAAGUCAUUAAAAGAAACGCAAGAGAAAGUGCCAGAGAGCUGCUGGGCUUUUCUUAGGAGAAAAACAAAUUCUCUGGGCCAAAACAAUUCCCGUCACAUGAAAAUAAAUAAAUAGAAAGGCCUGGAAAGAAAAGGAGUUCUACUCUGAGUGAAGCUUUAUUAACGCUGCAGCAUGUAGGUUUUAUAAAAAAAAAAAGUUUUGUUCUUACAUAUUUCUGUCACUAUGUUGUGAAAUAAGGGAUAAUUUAUGGGGGCGGGGGGAUGAGAUCCUUUGCCUUCUCCCCAUCGUCUGAACAAAUACAUCGGUCAGAAACAACCAAUCAGAACUAGGAUGAGGGUCUAAGCGCUGUCAAUCAUCCUCACGUACACAAGCUCCCCCUUUCUCUCUGCUAAGUUACAGCUGGUUCAGCUCAGGCUGGCUAGCAUAGCCACCGAUGAAUAAACAGCUGUUCUGUAACAGAGAGUUGUUUCGUUGCUGUUAGCACAUUUAGCAGCACGUACACGAGCGUCACUGACACGGCUAAGGCCCUCCUCCUCCUGGCUCUGAUUGGUUGUUUCUGACAGAGAGAAGCAUUUCUGCAGUGUUCAUUUGAAUACCAAGCAAAUAAACUUAGUAAAAAAGAAGAAAAAAAACUAAUCUAGGACCAAUGAAAGCUUAAACAUCGUACCCAGAAAUAAAUGUGUAAAUUUAACAAACAUCUGUAAAAUUUUCACCUUAAGGCAGAAGCAGGUCUAGCCACUUGAUGCGGUUAAACAGAUUUGCAUAUGAAAUCUUCUGGCAUUUUCCGCCACAAGGGAAAUAAAUAAUAACAACACUCCUGUGUGUAACCUGGAGCUACAUGUGACCGACUGAUUUGCAUAACAUGGGCUUCCCAGGCAGGAAACACUCAGCUGCUAUUUUAGAGCUGAAAAUUGCUCCACAGCAACAUACUGCGGUUCUGUUUCAGAACGCAGGGGCAAUGACAAGAGGGCGUGUGAGGAAAACCCGAGUAAGGAAAACCUCAACGGGGAAGUGAAAAAUGUCGAGCAGCUUGUAGGUGUUGGUGUGAUCGUUUUGUUAAAUCGAAAGAGGUGGAGGAGAAAAACCAUUGGGAAGCAAUGAAAGAAACAUGUAGAGUCUAGUGUUAGAAAUGAUUCCUGUAGUAAAAACUCUUUUCUAUAGAAUGUGUUAAUGACUUAACUGGGCUUGUCUGUAAACACUUUACCCCCAGGCCACAGUCUGCAAAGAGAUCAGGCCACCAGAACAGAGUGAGCCGGUCCAGACCUGCAGGCUGAGUCAGAGUGUGACACUACAGGCAAAACUGUAAAACAAAUGAGCCAAAUCUGAAUUAGAAAGGGAAAAAAAAGUCGUAGACGGGGAAGUAAACAAGACAGGAACUCAUGUGAUUUCAGUUUGGUUGUAUGCUCUGCAUGGAGAAGUUGUUAGGAAAUAUUUGCUUGUAGAAUGAAACUUUUAUCAUAUAUUUGUUAUACUAUCACCAUGUUGUGACAGUGUGAUUUGAGACAGAUAAAAAUUAAUUUCUUCUCUUUUAAUUUUGCUCCUCUUUCUCCUCCCAGUGCUAACUGGAAACAGGAGGCGGGUCGUAGCGUUGUGGGUCACAUCGCGUACGUGCUGCUCACAGUGCGCCAGUCUCAUCAAAUACAUAAAAACUUUCUUUUACAUACUGCAGCUGUCAGAAAACAAAAAUGACAUCUUACAUUCAAUAUUACGUAAAUUAUAUUAAUUAAAUUAUAUUACGUGACACUGAUGAUGCAGAAAUAAAUGGUCAGCUGGAACCAACAUACAAUGUGAAAUAGAAUAACUUUUUUUCUGUUUCAGCUUAACUGUGCUUGCUAAAAUGACAGAAAAAACAGUUUCGUUAGCAUACAAUUAUUUAAAAAAUAUUUUUUGAAAAUUGUCUUAAUGAAUUUCUAAAACCAUUUUCAGUGUUAAUUUUUUUCCCAAUGUUGACAUGUAACCCAUAUGUCAAAAACUGAUGUGUCAGAGAGAGCAAAUAGUCAGAAAUCGAAACUGGUUUAACUUGACAGAUUAAAGGUGGAGAAUAUUCUGACAUCUAGUGGUGAAGCUGAAUACUGCAACCAAAGCAAAAAUCAACGUUAGUGAAAGUUGAUGUAUUGGGAACGUCGACAAUGAAAAUAUGGCUUUAGCCCGAUCUGACUAUUUCUUUUCAAAAAAUUUAUGGUGUAUUGUCUUUUUCUUUAGCAAGCUGUGCACAUUUUAUGCAUAAAUAACUUUUUCCCUUUAUGCCUCAGUACUUUCAAUACUUUUUCCAUUUCCUUCCAUUGGACGCAAACUCGCAUCCUAGCAUCCAGUUUGGAAUCAAACACCACAUUUAGUAUCAUUUGCGUCAUUGUCUGAGUCGCCCCCGUCCCACAGACAAAGGGGCUGAAGGCAGCAGCCGUCCUCACUGGGCCAGGUGUUCCACAGAGCUCUGAACUCGGUCCUCAGCAUUUUGUUUUUCAACUCAUGCUUUCUGCUGUGUACAUGCGUCUUUGAUGCCUUUAAAUAUGGUGCGUCUCCGUGCAGCUGCCCGCUGAGGGCUCUCCAUUGCAGCCCCCCCUCCCCACCAUUGUCAACUCACACCCUCUCGUCCAUUCAUGCCUUGAGGCUCCGGACGAGCUGCUGGCGUGUGUGUGGGUGUUUUAGCAUUUUUCAUCAUGCAAGACCCAUUUUUCCAAACAAAUACUACAUUGUAUGUGUUGGAAAUACAAGAAGAAGUGUUUUUGGGUUUAGGAUUGAAUUUUAGGGUUAGGCCUGUUCUGGUAAUGGUUAGGUUUAAUGUAAUGGGCUGUAGAAAUCAAUGGUAGUCAAUGCAAAGUCCCUGUGAUGAUAGAAAGACGUUUGUGUGCGUGUGCGUGUGUGUGUGUGUGUGUGUGUGUGUGUGUGUGAGGUUAAAAUAGGGGACAGCAGAAAAGGGGUGGAGCUAUGUUACCAUAUCUUAGUGGUCUCUUUUUAUUGGUAGAUGGAUGGGGGAUGUUUGAAGAGUGUUGAGAGGAAGCUUUGCUCAAGUCAGGGAGUGAGAGAUGUUAGCUAGUUGUCAGAUAAGCCGCCGUGGUACGGGGAGACGGAGCAGCCUCAGUGCAGGGAGGGGUUGGUAGAGGAGUUACACUCCAUCUGUUGUCAGUCACAUUGAUAAACCUGCAGCUUCAGGACAUUUUGCACUGAGUUUCCUGAUCCAAAAAGGAGAAUGUAAAAGGUUGAUCUCGGCUUCAUUUUCUCAGGUGGAUCCCGUUGCACUUUUCUCCUUUAUAAAAAAAAAAAAAAAAGAAAAAAAAAAAAAAAGGGAAAUUGCCAAUAACUUUGCAUACUGGGCUUUUUUUCACCACCAUCAAUACUGGGAAGUUCCCUUCUUUAGACUUUCAGCCUCUCCUGAAUUGACCAAAGGUUGUGUUUCGUGACAGAACUUUUCUCCGGUUUGGUUUUGGAUCCGAGCGGGCCCGUCUGUGAGCGGCUAGAUACCAGAUACUGGUGUGGGCUUGAUCCGGUGCCUGGGAGCUCACAGAGGAAGAGGAGCUGGAUGUAUGAAGAGGCUUCAUGGGCCUGAAGGACCAUCUGGAGGAUGGAACUGGCCACAUGCUCAGCCUGGGGCUGGACCUGGACUACCUCCAUGUGGAUGGUGCUGAGAAGCAGACGCCCCCAAACCCACUGAAGGCCUCCGACGUCUCGCAGGUCCGAGGCGGCGCCCAGAGCAGGAGCGGCUACAGUAUCGGCGGGAGCACCAACAGUCUCAGCACAAAUCUGAGCUACAGCAGCAGCAGCAGCAAUUUUUCAGAGGAGAGCGCCAUUUCCGACAAUGAAGAAGAACAGCAUCGGGCGAGCUCCGAUUGCGGACUCGACGUCUCCCACCGAGAUCAGCUGGGCUCACCGCGGAGCUCCUCCCUGCAGUGGAAGCAGGUCAGGCUGGACCUGGCGCCACACCCGUCCACUGGAGAUCCAACGCGGUCGAAAGCGCUGGCGCCUGCGGAGCUCGUUUCGGACUGCCGCGCCAAGGUCGAGUUCGCUCUGAAGCUGGGCUACGCCGAGGAUCUGGUGCUGCUGGUCCUGAGGAAACUGGGCCCAGACGCUCUUAUUAACGACAUGCUGGGAGAGCUGGUCAAGCUGGGGACAAAGACGGAGAUGGAGCAGCAGAAAGGGCCGGCCGCGUCCCAGUCUCCUUCCUCCUCUUCGUCUUCUUUGGCCUCCAGCUCGUCCCUGGAGUCCUGCCGGCUGCCGUCCCCUUCGCCGCUGCUGGAAGACAGAGACAACUUUCGGCCCGUCGUCGUAGACGGCAGCAACGUCGCCAUGAGUCAUGGAAAUAAGGAAGUGUUCUCGUGCCAAGGGAUCCAGCUGGCUGUUGAUUGGUUCUUGGAUCGAGGUCACCGUGACAUCACGGUUUUUGUCCCCGCCUGGAGAAAGGAGCAGUCGCGACCUGAUGCUCUCAUCACCGAUCAAGAGAUCCUGAGGCGACUAGAGAAAGACAAGAUACUGGUUUUCACUCCAUCUCGGCGCGUGCAGGGGCGACGUGUGGUUUGCUAUGACGACAGAUUCAUCGUCAAACUGGCAUACGAAUCCGAUGGCAUAAUCGUUUCCAAUGACAACUACAGAGACCUGGCCAACGAGAAGCCAGAGUGGAAGAAGUUCAUUGACGAGCGCCUGCUGAUGUACUCCUUUGUCAACGACAAAUUCAUGCCUCCAGAUGAUCCUCUUGGACGCCAUGGACCAAGCCUGGAAAAUUUCCUGAGGAAGAGGCCUGUUGCCCCUGAGCCCAGGAAGCAGCCCUGUCCUUAUGGGAAGAAAUGCACAUAUGGCCACAAGUGUAAAUUUUACCACCCAGAAAGAGGCAGUCAGCCCCAGCGCUCGGUGGCCGAUGAGCUCCGAGCCAGCGCCAGAAAUUCGUCAGUAACUUCCAGAGGCCUGCUGGAACAUACAAUGAUGGCGAAGAGCCAACGUAGCCGUCAACCAGAAGAGAUGCCUGAAGCCGACCCGGGACAGGGCAGUAAACUACCAAACCAGAGUCCUCGGAGUGCGCCCUCUGAUCUCACUGAGGACAGACUCCAAAGUUAUUCCAAACCAGAAGCGUACAAGGGAAACCACGUCAUCGGGGGACAUACUUCAUCAGGGUUGUCCAACUCAUUGGGACAUCUGGACAGCUGGGCGCAACUCGAGGAAAGCAGUGGAGCAUACAGUUUGGGUUUAGUCGAAAAUUACAACAGAUGUGACUCUCCGGAGGCGGGCUGCAGGUCUCUGGUAAAGGCCUAUUCAAGUCUCCGUCUUGUGGUGCCACAGGCCCCUGAAAGUCUCUUAACUGCUGAUCUGCAAGCAGGUUCUCUGCCAUCCGAAUGCAGCAGCGAUGGCAGCAUUAGCUCAGAUUCUUUUCCGCCCGACUCUAUGUCAGACAACAGCCCCAAGUGCCAACUUCACCUUCUUCACUACCAUCAUCACUAUAAUGGCUCGUAUGGUCAUGUGGCAAGCCGGGUUCCCCCUGGAAUGGGCCAGCAUUCCCCUUAUGGUUACUCUGUUACUCAAAGGCCGCAGAGACCUCCAGGGUCCGUCUCUGAGGAACUUCCUUGUUCAGUUAGCUUUCACGCAUCUCCGCGCCAUCGCAAGACCCCUUCAGCAAACGUCGUACCACAGCAUCAGCAUCUACUUUUAGGCAACUAUCUGGGGGAACAACCACCUCGUCUACCUCAAACGUCUGCUCCUCAUCCUCAUUCCCAGAACGCGCCCUUCGGUCCGAACGCGUCGACUUCGUGGGAAGGUGACCUCCAGGACUCCACAAUGUACAAAGGAUCACCAGUUAACUGUAGAAGAAACUACUCUGGGUCAACCCGACACCCUCAGCAUAAGACGCACUGGGAUUCCCACCACGAGCCAUCAACCAGGCCCUGCUAUGAUCUGUUUUCCUACAAGAGCUUUCCCCCACUUCACGGCAAGGGUUGGCACACCCCCUGGGGUCAGCAACUCCCAUCAUCCCCCCACAGUGUAUCAGCUCCUAGUGUCCCACCGCCCCCACAGCAGUCCCUCAGGUCCAUGGCCACUCACAGGAGCCACCUGCAGAACGAGCGCCUCUACUCGGGGCAUCUUUCCUCGGGUCAGUACCAGGACCUAAGGGAGAGGGUUUUCGUCAACUUGUGCGCCAUCUUCCCACCAGAUUUGGUGAGGAAGGUGAUGGCCAAAAACCCUCACAUGACGGAUGCUCAAGAGCUUGCAGCCUCAAUUUUGAUGGAGAAAUUGCAGCACGUUUCUUAAAAAACUUUUCAGGUCAAUUUCUUAAAAUCAAGUCAGCAAUGAAAGCCUACUAUAGCGUUGGGGAAGUUAUUCGACUAACGGUAUCUUUGCAAAUAGAAGUCCUAAACACAUAUCUUUGUCUAAAUGUGUCUUUUAUUUCAGCACUUAAAAUGGGACAAGUUUGGGAUUAAAACUGUUUUCAUAAUAGUUCAUAAUGGACAGUGUAUGGGGUCCUUUGAAGGGGGACACUUCUUUGUAUUUAUUUGUUAUAUUUUAAGUUAUUGAAAUUAGGUUUUUGGCACUUUCUGUUAUUGUGUGUGUUUUAUUUUUGUCUUAGCUUUUCCAAUAGGGGCAAUCAUAUCAGGGUAUAAACCGAACCGUCAGCACAGCCUGCGUAAAUUAACACAUUUAUUUCUCUCAUCAUUCUUCUUUACGUUGGAAAUGCAGUUCUGCUCCGAUCGCAUUUCUGCUUCAGCCGGCUCAACUUGCUGAUCUAGUCUUUCAGUCUGCGCCGACAGGUGCCACAUCGGUCGUUGUGAGAUGUUGUGGAUUUCCCCCGCAGGGAAGUGAAACUGCAACGGCACCCACAAAAGAUAGCGAAAACUCCACUUGAAAACCCCAAGCUGUUUUUCACCACUGAGAAAAAAAAAAAAAAAAAGACAUUUCCUCUGCUCAGACUCCCCUGUCAGCUAACUUCCUACUGCUUCAUGUCUCGGCACAGAUUUUGUUUUUCCUAAAACCACAAACAUCCUCCCUCUUUUUUUAUAUCAAAAAAAUAAAUCGUUUCAAAGUAUAGGGCCAAAAUGUCAAUACUGGAUCAAGAUUUUUUAUUAUUAUUAUUAUUUAAAAUAUGUUAAUUUAUUGCCUUUUACACGACUAUGUUGCGUAAGACACAGGGUCUCUGUCUGUUUAAUCCUCCAGUGACUUUCAGUGUCUGCCUGUGAAGAAAACAAACCGAUGAUUUGACCAGACAAGCAGCUUCCAGACAAUGGAAACCAACAGUCAAGAUGAAAAGAAAGUACCUCUUUCAGUCUUAUGGUUUUGCAUAUCAUGACAUGAAAAUCAUUUGGUUUACCGGCUUUUCUGAUUACUUCAAUCUAACCUCAAGGGUAAAACCGCACAACAGACCCAGCGCUUGCGUUGUUUGUACCCAGAGAUGAAGUCAACGUAGAAAAAGCCGAGCUCAAAAGAAACGAUCGAAAAAAUAAAAAUUGCAGUCGUUUUCCUUAAGGCUAUCACAAAUAUCCAGUGAUAUUUGUUGUUUUGAAGGAAUUUUGGCACCAAUUUUUCUUCAUAACAGAUUCAGUUCAUUGAAACUUGACCGCUGCUCCUUUACGGUUCCACCGCGGCUUUUCAGCAAAGCUGCAGUCUGCAACCUUUAGAGCGAUUCUGUUGUAAAUUUCCAACUUUUUUGGGGGGAUAAUUAUAUUGAUAUCUACCGGUACCUUUUUUUUUCUUUUUUUUUUUUGUAUCCGUUUAAACCUUAGAAAUGAAAGAGGGAAUACUUUCUCUUGUCUCAGACUGGUUACCUUACAUUUGAGCAUCUAAACAAUUAUAUUGGAAACAAUAAUUUCACAUAUAUAU